AUGUCAUUAUCAACCUGGAAACAGUUCCGAUUUUUUGAUUCUAUACCUAUUAGAGAUCCUUCUCUAGGAUCGGACUCCCUUCUUUAUUCAGACCCAACAUUAUCUGCCAUUUCGCCAAUAGACUCUGAUAGACUUGUAAUUGCUGUUCAAUCCAAUGUUAUUAAAGUUAUAAGUAUUAACGAAGCCUGCAUCAAGAAUGAGUUUAAAGCUUUUGAAAAUGACUACCAAAUAUCUUAUUUAAGGGUAGUCUCUCAUUUGUUUUUAGUAGUGGUUGGAGAAUGUACAGGUAAACCUAGUUUUAUUAAAGUAAUAAAGUUAGAUAAUAUCCCAAAAGAUGAAACUGCAUACCAUUCCUUAAUUGAAGUGAAAAGUGGUGACAAUAACUUUCCAAUUUCUGGGAUAUCAGUCUCAGAUGAUCUAUUUUGCAUAGCUAUUGGGUACAUUAAUGGUAAAGUUCUGCUCAUUAGAGGCGAUAUACCAAGAGAUAGAGGCUCCAGGCAAAGAAUAAUUUACGAUGACAUUAAAAAGGAACCGAUCACUUCUCUAUCCCUAAAUAAGGACGCUACUUUAUGCUAUGUAGCAACAACUUCUAAAAUUAUGCUGUUCGAGACAACAGGGAGGAAUGCAGGUCAACCAACUACCGUGUUAAAUAACGAAUCUGGGCUGGAUUUGAAUUGUGGUUAUUACAGCAUGUAUACAAACGAGUUUAUUACUUGUUUAAAAGAUAAAAUUGAAUUCUACAAAAAUUCAGGAGAAAAAAGUUUUGUACUUUAUGGGGAGAUGAAUAUUAAAAGAGUCUUCCCUAUUAGCAAAAGAUAUUUAUUAUUAUUUACAGAACCUGUGGUCAGUAAUGAUACCUCAUUAAAUAUAGCCAAUCUCUCAAAACCAAUUUCCAUCAGAGUCCUGAUAUUAGAUUUAACUUAUAAAACGAUUGCUUUUAGCUCAAUGGUAAAGUCCACAAUCGUUGAUGUGUUUAUGAUACAAGAUACCUCAGAUACAUAUUAUCUUAACUCUGACGGUAUACUGAAUAAAUUAACUGAAAAGCCGUACGAUAUGCAAAUUGAUAUUGUAUUACAAAAAGAGAUGUUUCAAUUUGCAUUGAAAUUAGCUACUGCAUAUAAUUUAUCUGACGAAUAUAUUAAAGAAAUACACAAACGGUAUGGUGACUAUUUAUUUAAUAAAAAUAAAGUAGCUGAUGCAACGGAAGAAUAUAUUAAAGCAUUUGAUGUCGUUGAAACAAGUGAAAUUAUUGCGAAACUAGGCAUGUCUAAUAAAGCAGAUUCAAAUAAUCUUCAAAAUCUUACAGAUUACCUUUGUUCAUUAGUGAAAACAUCAAAGGCAAACGCAGACCAUGUAACUCUUCUGCUUGUGACGUAUAUCAAGUUACAAGAUAUGGAUCAGUUUCAAUAUUUUAUAAAACAUUUUACUAGAUUGGGUAAAUUUAAUGAGGAACCUAUUGAAGAAGAUAUUGAUGACGAAACUUACUUUUAUUCGAAUGUUAUUUUAUUUAACUUAGAUUUAAUUAUUAAUUUAUUGGAGGAAUCAAAUUUUAUUAUUGAGGCCUAUGAGUUAGCAAAAAGGUUUGCGAAAGAUCCAGUAUCGAUAAUUGAAAUUCUUCUAAAUAAACUAAAUAAUCCUGCUACAGCUCUGGAGUACAUCAAAACACUGGAAAUAGACAACACCUUAAGAGUGUUAGUUUUAUAUUCAAAAGAAUUGUUAGAAAUGCUACCCAAUGAAACUAAUUCUCUUUUAAUAGAUGUUUUCACAGGUAAGUACCAUCCAAAUAAAGCACUCCGAACUAAUCUAAUGCCAACUGAGAAGUUAGAGUUAACUACAGUGAGAAAAGUGUUCUAUAGCUAUACUGAAUUUUUUGGUUAUAAAUCUUCAGAUGCUCCUGAAAAUUCAGAUCCUAAUAGUAAGCUAGAGAAUGCUACGUAUCAUCCUCCGAAACCAUCCCUUAUUUUUAAUUCAUUUCUUUCUAGACCUUUUGAAUUUAUUGUAUUUUUAGAAGCCUGUCUGGAUACAUACCAAAGGUAUGGCGGUUUAGAUAAUGAAAAACAAGCACUACUCAUAACUUUGUAUGAUCUAUAUCUAGAUUUAUCCAAGACUGAUAUUGAUGAACGUCAAUUGCAGUGGAAAAACAAAGCAAUGCAUAUUUUAGAAGAGAGUAACAAGUUAGCAAAGAAAAAUACCAUUUCAUCUACAACGUUGGAAAGUAAUUCAGAUAAUGCUGAUAACUCACUGAUGAUGUUAAUUUCUCAUAUGAAUGAUAUCGAUAUCUAUACAUCAACAGCAGAGCCUGAAAUUCGUGAUAGCGCAUAUUACAUUAAUCAGUUCCAGUCAUUAAUAUAUUCUGAAUCUCCAACUAAAGUUCUUGACUUUCUUGAAAAAUAUGGGAGAAACGAGCCAAGUUUAUAUGAGUCUGGACUUCGAUAUUUUAUAUCAUCGAAGGAUAUACUUGACGAAAUAGGUGGAGAAAAAGUAUUAGAAGAAAAAGUUCUAAAUAUUAUAGUUCGAGAUGAAUUGCUUACAAUGAUAGAUAUUGUCCAGCUUCUAUCCGUCAAUGAUGUAGCCAAAUAUGGAUUGCUUAAGAACAUUUUACUAAAUUAUAUGAGUGAAAAUGAAAAUGAAAUCAACAAUAAUAAGAAGUUAAUCAAAUCCUAUAAAUGUGAAUUGACAGAGAAAAAGAAUACAUUGGCCAAUUUAUUGGAUCCAGAUAAUAUAACAAAGAUCAAAAUUAAGAAUGAGAAAUGUGACUAUUGUAAAGCUAAUUUGGAAAUACCUAUAAUAUACUUCCAAUGUGGCCACACUUAUCACGAAAGAUGUCUAAACAAAGAAUUGGAUCAAAACUCAGGAGACGAAGUUUAUGUUUGCCCAAAAUGUAUAGCAAACAAAGAAUCAACAGAAGCAUUAUUUAAUAAACAAAAAGACAUGAAAGAAAGCAAAGAGCUAAUAGAAAUUGAUCUGAAAAAUGCAAAAAAUGGUAGUGAUUGUUUUAAAGUCGUUGCUGAUUUUAUAGGACGAGGAGCUUUGAACAAUGUGAAUACAAAUAUAUAA